AUGAUGGCACCAUUUUCCAGGUUCUACCGGGCGAUGGUGCUUAAGAUAAAUCAACAUGAAGAUGAGGCAACGACAUCAGGACUUACAGAUGGUGCGCCGAGCGAGCAAAACCGUGUCAUAUUCGUCAAUAGACCACAGCCUAUCAAGUUUAUGAAAAAUGAAAUAUCUACUGCUAAGUAUAGUGUUCCAUCGUUCAUCCCCCUGUUCCUGUUCGAGCAGUUCCGGCGUUACUCAAACUGCUUCUUCCUACUGAUCGCCUUGCUGCAGCAGAUCCCAGAUGUGUCUCCAACUGGCCGAUGGACCACACUCACACCUCUCAUACUGAUCCUAAGUGUGAGCGCCAUCAAGGAAAUCGUUGAGGACUUCAAACGGCACAGGGCAGAUGAUGAGACCAAUAAGCGGAAGGUGGACGUUCUCCGGAACGGACGUUGGGAAAGUAUCCGUUGGGAACGUCUACAGGUCGGAGACAUAUGCAAGGUGCUCAACAAUCAAUUCUUCCCGGCAGACCUCGUACUCUUGGCCUCCAGCGAGCCCCAAGGCAUAUCAUUCAUCGAAACAUCCAACCUAGAUGGAGAAACAAAUCUGAAGAUCCGCCAAGCUCAUGCAGAGACAGCUCGUUUGGACAACACGCCUGCGCUGGUCGAGUUCACUUCUACGGUGCAAUGCGAACAGCCGAACAGACACCUUUAUGAGUUCAACGGACAACUCAAGGAGUCAAACGCCCGAGCAAUACCAUUGAACUUGGAUCAGAUGUUGCUACGUGGUGCGAUGUUACGGAACACGUCCUACAUUUACGGCGUGGUGGUGUACACGGGCCACGAGACCAAACUCAUGAAGAACUCCACCAAAGCGCCCCUCAAACGAUCGUCGAUCGACCGACAGACGAACACACACAUCCUCAUGCUGUUCCUCAUCCUGCUGACGCUGUCCUUACUCAGCGCUGGCUGCAACGAGCUUUGGAUGCGCUCACACGCGGAUUGGUACUUGGGGCUACAAGCGGCACAGAAGGCACACUUCGGAUUUAACUUUUUAACGUUUUUGAUACUGUACAACAAUCUUAUACCUAUAUCGUUACAAGUUACUGCGGAAAUAGUUAGAUUUUUUCAAGCAAAGUUCAUAGCUAUGGACUCUGAGAUGUACCACGAGGAGACAAACACGCCCGCCAUGGCCCGCACGUCGAACCUGAACGAGGAGCUAGGCAUGGUCAAGUACAUCUUCAGUGACAAGACUGGUACUCUUACAUGCAAUAUUAUGGAGUUUAAAAAGUGUUCCAUAGCUGAGAUAAUUUACAAUCCUCCUGGACAAAACGAGCGGCUGGAAGACGGCUUGCUGUACCAGAACCUGCAGCGGAACCACCCCACGGCGCCAGUUAUCCGCGAGUUCCUCACGAUGCUGGCGCUGUGCCACACCGUCAUACCCGAGCGGGUCAACGGGAAGGUCAACUACCAUGCCGCCUCCCCAGACGAGCGCGCGCUGGUGCUGGGCGCGGCGAUGUUCGGCUACGUGUUCCACACGCGCACGCCCAGCUCCGUCACGCUGCAGCUGCAGGACCGCCUCGAGGAGUACACCGUGCUCCACGUCAUCGACUUCACCUCGGCACGGAAGCGCAUGUCCGUCAUCGUCCGCACGCCCACCGGACAAAUAAAGCUGUACUGCAAGGGCGCGGACUCGGUGAUCUUCCCGCGGCUGUCGGGCGGCGGCGCGCGCUACGCCGACGCGACGCUGGCGCACCUCGAGCACUUCGCCUCCGACGGGCUGCGCACGCUCGUCUUCGCCGUCGCAGACAUUCCCGACGACGUCUACAAGGACUGGGCCAACACGUACCACAAAGCGAGUAUAGCGAUACAGGACCGCGAGCAGAAGAUCGAAGAAGCCGCUUUACUUAUUGAGAACAAUCUAAGGUUGCUCGGCGCCACGGCUAUCGAGGACAAACUGCAGGACGGUGUUCCCGAGACGAUAGCUGCGCUGCUGAAGGCCAACAUCCACGUGUGGGUGCUGACGGGCGACAAGCAGGAGACCGCCAUCAACAUCGCCCACUCCGCCCGGCUCAUACACACCGGCAUGCCUCUCGUCAUACUCAAUGAGGACAGUCUUGAUGGUACCCGCGAAGCCAUAUCACGACACGCGGCAGAGUUCGGUGAGAACUUGGGCAAACAGAACGAAGUGGCUUUGGUUAUUGAUGGCAAGACGCUCACGUAUGCCAUGGGGUGUGACUUGAAGAAGGAUUUCUUAGAGCUGUGCAUAUCGUGCAAAGUUGUGGUGUGCUGCAGAGUGUCGCCCAUACAGAAAGCAGAGGUGGUGGACAUGGUGUCGGCGGCGACGAGCGCGGUGACGCUGGCCAUCGGCGACGGCGCCAACGACGUGGCCAUGAUCCAGCGCGCCUCCGUGGGCGUGGGCAUCUCCGGCGUCGAGGGGCUGCAGGCCGUCUGCGCCUCCGACUACAGCAUCGCGCAGUUCCGUUUCCUGCUGCGGCUCCUAUUGGUCCACGGCGCCUGGAACUACUCACGCAUCAGCAAGCUAAUACUGUACUCGUUCUACAAAAACAUAUGUUUAUACGUCAUCGAGUUGUGGUUCGCAAUAUAUUCGGCAUGGUCGGGCCAGAUCCUGUUCGAGCGCUGGACGAUAGGUUUCUACAACGUGAUAUUCACGGCGCUCCCGCCCUUCGCCAUUGGGCUAUUCGACAAGCUGUGUUCAGCUGAAAUUAUGUUAAGGCACCCCGUCUUGUAUAUACCAUCUCAACAAGGUCUGCUGUUCAACGUGCGGGUGUUCUGGGUGUGGGCGGUGAACGCGCUGCUGCACUCGGUGCUGUUGUUCUGGCUGCCCAUGCUCAUGGCCAGCAACCACGUGCUGUGGCCCAGCGGCAAGGACGGAGGGUACCUCGUCAUGGGCAAUAUUGUUUACACGUACGUGGUGCUGACGGUGUGCCUGAAGGCGGGGCUGGCCACGCACUCUUGGACGUGGGUCACGCACGUGGCCAUCUGGGGCUCUGUCGCCAUGUGGUUCGUGUUUAUCCUCAUCUACAGUAACGGGUACCCGAUCAUCUUAAUCGGCGCCGUGAUGCGCGGCAUGGACCGGAUGCUGUUCAGCUCGCUCGUGUUCUGGCUCGGGAUGAUCCUCAUACCCAUCGCCACGCUCAUCCCCGACGUACUCAUCACUGUUGUCCAUAACUCCGCAUUCAAAUCGACGACGGAAGCGGUGCGAGAGAGCGAGAUAAAACAACGUGAUCCAAGUGCUCUACUCACACACCCGCGACAUUCCAAACCCAGCGGCUCGCCCGUGGGGCUGCGCUGGCGCCGAGCGGUCGUGGCGCCGCAGGAGCGCGCGGAGCGGCGCGGCCGCGUCAUUUGA